AUCAUUGCGCAACGUUCACUUUACAUCCCAACUUAGAAAUCUUGGGAAGUUCCUCUUUCCCUCCCCCACCCUUUCAAUUUGCCGAACUAGAACAUCGCCUUUGGCUUCAGCCUCGUUCUGAUGUGGUGACCGGGUGAAAGAAUUCUGAGUAAAACCCCUAUAAUUAAAGAAAAUGACUCAUGGGAUGUUUCCGCUACUGGUUAAUAUAUUGACAUGUUGCCGGUAUCGGUCUGUUGAUUACAGUUAUGACAUAAUCACGUAUACGUUGUCAAAUGUUUGUUGAUUGGAUCCUACAACUAAAUAGCUGAUUGCUUCGCGAGUCCUGACACAGCUAAACUGACCCGCGCACUUGUGAAACAGGAAGACGGAACAGCUGAAAUACACUCACGAUUAUGUUACUAGGACGGGUGUGACUACUACUACUACUACUACUACUACGGGUGAUCCAGGAGGAGUAGUAUAUCGCUAAACGAGACAUCAACCACCACACCAUGCAGUCUCGCUUCUUAGGUGCUUCUACGAAAUAUCCAUUGACUUGAAGGACAGCCCGGUCCAUAUCGAUCCCCGACUCUGGGUGUUCUGCGUAACACAUCCCCAGCGUGUGAGUGUUCCCUUGACAUCUAAACCACGAUGGCGACUACAUCCACAUAUCUGCGAUGAACGGACUACCUCUCGCCCAUUUCUUCAACGACACCGAAAACGACGGCAAUGGACGACCACGCAACUCCUCGUCUGAAGAAUUACCGUUGACGCCGUUAUCCGUGACGUCAGAGAGCCGUCUUUUACCAGGAAAUCAGUCUACGACAGCUUUUCCUCGCGCGAGGAACCAGUCUACGACAGGUCGUCCAUUGGACACGAAAGAGGACUUCGCUCGCAUGAAAAAGUUUAUCAAAACUUACAAGAACCUUAAAGUCUGUUUCAUAAUUCUGUUGAUAUUCAACGCAGCGCUUGUGAUCAUGUAUGUUCUAACAAACGGAACUUUUAGCGUGCGCGACGAACAAGAACAGAACACUAUGUACGAAAAGAUUGUGGGCUACAUAGACAACCGGUUACCCAAAAACAAAAAGGAGACGUUUCGUCUGUGUAGUAAAUAUGAAUACAUUUUUGAACGCUCGAAACUGGAUGUUCCCGAAAUGCCUAGUUGCAAGUCGAAGUACAACCCAGAGUACUGUUGUUUUGAUUCAACCGAUCAGUUAUUUUCGCUGUUCCACGAGUACACAAACAGAUACGUGAAAUAUGCAUUAAGGUCAAAACCAUACCUGAACUGCAUUCAAAAUUUUACGAAGGACAAAUUGCAACAUCUUUCACUGUUAAAGCCAUGGUUCCAUGCAGAGUAUGAUUCUAGCGCACAUCCCAAUGGGUUGGAGAACAGCGAACUAACGUGGACGGCUGUUAAUUCGUCUAGGUUUGUUGAGUUCCGGUCCAACAAGACGGUGAUCAUACCCAUUAGUGGGUUCUACUACGUCUACAGCAACGUGCACUACUCGACUCAACGGAACGGGCGUCACUACAGCUUCCAUUAUAACAGCAGUACACUGUUCGAUGCAAACUUCAAUUGUCGACAGUUCUGGGAAGGAAUCUUCCACUUUGAGGCGAGGUCGAAAGUGCACGUGGAAACAGACACACGAGAUAUAGACAGUGACGAUAUAUCGAAUUAUUUUGGGAUGUAUAUGUUGUGACGUACUGUACGUAUAGGCUACAACAACUUUCAGGUUUCCUUUUUUCUUUUAUAGGCGUUUUAACGUUAGGACAUUUGUCAAGAGUGCAUGUGGAAACAGACACCAUAGUACUGUCGGAAAUGGAAUAAAAAUUAUUUUCGUCGAUUAUUUCUUACAUAUUAAACUGACAAGUAAAUAUUUUGUAAAUAUCUAUUUAAUGAUAGUCUACCUAAUUUAGCAUUUACUUGUUUGGGCGCUCAUUGAUGUUCAAGGUGAUGUUUACUCUUGACAUUAAAAGAAAUAUGUCCGUAAACAGGUGAUUUGUGCACAUUAUUGGAACAGACUAUAACAAAUUUUGGUCAACGUGUCAAUUUCAUUGCUGUUAAAAUAUGUAAGGGACUGUUUCUGAUGAAG